CGCGGCGGCGGCGGCCAUCUUGGGGAUAACUGGCCCCGGGGGCGCGGCCGGUAACCAUGGAGAUUUCUCCGGCCCAGGUCUUGGCGUCCCUGCCGCAGCCCGAUGCGGCCCACGAGAAGGCCAGAUGGUGCUGGGCCGAGCGUCGCGGCGCCAAGUCUCCGCUGGCGGCGGGGGCGGUGAUGGUGGGGACGGCAGGCGAGCGGGAGGUGCAGGUCAGCGCCACGGCCGAAGUGACGGCGCUGCCCGACCGUGCCCGGGUUUGCGUGCUGGUCGGCAGCAGGAAGGAGGCGGCCGUGCAGGCCAAGAGCAGCGUGAUCCGGCGGCUCGACUACAUCGUGCAGAGUGUGAGGGGCCACGGUGUCCAGGAGGAGAAUAUUACAGUGACAAAGGAUUUUCGCCGAAUUGAAAAUGGCUAUCAGAUGGAAGCAGAGAUCUCUGUUAUAUUCAGUGAUUUUGCCAAGAUGGAAGAUUUGUGCAACCUGUUGGUAGAAAAAUUAGACAGUUCAGUCAUUAUUGGUUCACCUCAAUACUUCCACACAAGCGAAGCUGUGGAAAACAUAAGACGGCAGGCAUGUCUUCGAGCUGUUGCAAAUUCCCGACGUAAAGCUAUUGACGUGUGCCGCUUGCUUGGACAAUCGCUGGGCAGACCUUUGAUCAUCCGGGAAGAAGAAACCAACGAGACAGAAGGUGUUGCUUCUGAACAAGUAACACCUGACGACGCAAGGCCAUUGACGAUUCAACAGCAGAUUAGCAAUGCCUCUGUGACAGUUUAUUCCAAGGUGUUUGUGACUUUUGAGCUCAAAUCAAAAGAUAUUUGCAAAAAGAAUAGUUAAAUUGUGCUUUUAAGAUAGCAAUUACAUUUUUAAAGCUUCUAAUAGAUUUGAGAUGCAAUUCUGUUUUGUCAUAUGGAGAUUUUUUCAUGGUAUAAAUCUUGUAUUAUAUAGUCCUCAAUGCAAGUAAAAUAGCUGCAUAGGACUCUUGCAUGACACAUGACCCAGUGUGGAACUGAUGACAAUUAUGGCAAUCAACAUGAAAGAUGUUGAGGUACAAAAAAAUUGGCAACUUUUAGUUGUAUAGAAUCAUUAGACACAAUUAUUUUUUAGAUUAGAUUAGAUUAGAUUCCUUUAUUGUCCUUUUGCAGUUUGUGAAACCUGGAGUAUAUGUAACACUAUUCCAAUAAUGUUAUUUUUAUACUUCCAACAUUAGUACUAUCCACGUCAGUAUUAUCAAUUCUCGUUUAGCCAUUUCAGUUCUGCACCACUUGACCCCAGAAACUUUAUUGCUAGCCAUUCAUAGACUGGAGACGUAAAAAAAAAAACUAAGGGUGACUGCAAAUCUUUUCACCCUGUGUGCAUCCUUGCGGUUGUGGCAGCAUUGUUGUCACCAAUGCAUAUCAGUGACUGACCCCUAAUUCACUUGGGACUGAUUGUUAGGUGCAUGUUAGACACUGACUUGCCGUUAAGUUUGGGUGAUCUUCCCCUACAAAGUAAGGUGUGCAGUUCUCAUACCAAUAACACUAGGGUUUUCAGAGUAUUGUCUGGGAAGGGCCCCAUCCCGGCAGGCUACACCUUUUCUCAAAAAUUGGUUAAUUCCUCUCACCUGCUGGUUUUGCCUCCAACAUUAUAUUAGGAAUCUGCUGGAGUAAAGUUUAAGAAAAGUGCAACUAGAAAUUUAUUUCAACCGUUUGCAGUUUGUGAAACCUGGAGUAUAUGUAGCACUAUUCCAAAAGCAAAUCCUCUGCCAAAAAGCAUUGGACAACGGUAAGCACGUUAGGGUGGCUUGUGCCCUGAAAUUUGAUUGAGCUAAUUCGAGUGCAACUUCCAACAAUAUGCUGAGAAUGGUGAAAAUCAAAAAAAUAAGAUCCACAGAUGGUUGUGAUCGGAAGUAGAACCAGAAAGGAAUGGGUCCCGAAGGGCAUACUAAUCCCUGCUUCUGUGGGUCCUCAUGAUUUAGAGCCCUACCAUAGUAGCAGAGUGUUGCUACAACAAAAUCACUGCAAGUUGUGGAGGACUUAAAAGUUACACCUCAGCUCCCUUCCCCUCCCACCCCUCUCAAAAGAUUUCUUACCUAAGAGGUGAGGUAGUGCUCCUAGUUUCACUGAAAAGGGCAUGUCUGCAGUGUGGGCUGUAAUGUACCAAGCUUUUUGCGAAAGGGUUUCUAUGGAGACAUGCGAAAAUGUUGAUGCUGGAAUAUUAAGCAAAAAAAAACAAACUACUGGAGAACUCAAUGGGUCAGCAUCUGUGGAGGGUCUUCAGACUUCAGACAGGAGAAGGGUCCCAACUCAAAAUGUCCACUGUUCAUUCCCUCCACAAAUGCUGCCUGGCCCUCUGAGUUCCUGUAACACUUUGUUUUUUGUUGGAAAAAAUACCUCCCUCCUCUACCCAUAUAGGAGGGGAGGCUCUUAGGGUACAAAAAAUCUCAUUUUCAUCUUGUCCCUGAGCCAAUAACUCGAUGGGCUUUUAUUAUACAUGAUACAACAUACAACGAUGAAGUCUCUGCAGGGCUUGCAUUUCAGGACUGCUACAGACAUGGGAAUUUUGUUUUUUAGAAGUCCCAUGGUAUUUUCCACAAUUCCAAAACUUGCAUGGCUCCCACCGUGGCAACACUCUGCUUCUGUGGUGGUACUGUGAAUUGUGUGGAGUCAGAGAAGUGAAGAUUAGCACAUGAUACAGGACGCAUCGCAAUAUACAGCGCUAAUUGCUGAAAAUAUCUGGCGCGGCAAUCUCUGAGGCAAAAAGCACCAUGCCUUCAUGUGGCGCAGACUAUUGAGAAAUUCUUAUGCUCCACAACGACCUGAAAACGUGAUAAUGUUUCUUAUUGAAGAAAAGCAUGAGUUAUUAUUAGGAGCGCUUUUGAAUACAUGAGUGUAGUUACGGCAGCUGGCUGUACUUUUGAUCAGCCUGCAAAGCUGGCAGAUUUCAGUGCCCAAGAUAUCAGCUGCUUACCCCUCACAAUAGUGCCUGGAUGACUUCCCUGUAGCAGUAAUAAACAAAGUGAGACUUUGCAGAGGUCUGCUGUAACCACUUGGCAAGAUCCGCCAGCCAGUAAUUUGAAUGUCAACGUGACCUUGACAUGAGACUAGACAUGAGAACUUAACUAAAAGUCCUCCAGUAGCUUUUCAAAUAUUUCAGCGAUGGUAUCUCGGUAAAAAAACAGAACCUGUGAGUUUUAAUCAAAGAUGUCCAGAGAGGAUACAUGGUGCUUUCGAAGAAUCUGGGAGCGGUAUCUCACUACAUGGUUAAGAUUUUGGCAAAGUCUGAGGUUCUCCAUCCACACUGGAUGGGCAGUUAUUUCCAUGUUAAUGACUUCAGCGAUACCUUGCUGCCAACAGGGUCAUGACUGAGGCACCCACUCAAUGAGUGUGUCAGCAGCCAAAAAUUGAAGAAAAUGCUAAGCUAUUUUAUGCACUAAACACAAAUAGCACCUGGAAAUCCCCAGCACAAUUUCUCAAUGGCCUCAAACUAAUACUGGUUAAUCUGCCAAGUUGUCCAAUUUGGACAUUUAAUCCAAGUUGUCCAAUUUCUUCAGCGGAGGUGACGUUGGGAGCCCUGGCGGUGGCAGCGCGAGACUCAACGGCAGCAGAAGCCACGGCAGUGGUGGAGCCUCGACGGCAAUGGGGGCCUUGGUGACAAUGGUCGAUGAGCGUGAGGGGGGAGGGGAAGACAAUGGGGAUCCGGUGUGGGGAGGACCAACGUGAGGGACGGUGGGAGAACAAGGAGCAGCUUAGAAUCCGGAUCCGAAACAGCUUAGGGGAAACUCUGCCCAGGGGAAAAGUCGUGUGUUCAUUUGUUCUGGUGAAGGCGCUGGGCACAUGGCAACCAGACAAUAGUUGCUUGGCUUUUUCUUUUUGUUGUCACUUUUAAUUUCAAGUUUUUCUGUUGGCAGACCAAUUUCCCUCCAGGGAUGAAUAAAGUUUUAUCGUAUCGUAUCUGCCAAGUUGUCCAAUUUGCACUCAGGAAAUAAGAGCUAAUUAAUCCAUUUUCUAAGAAGCUCAGUUUCCAACCCUUAUUGUGAUAAGCUGAUUCUGAUGAGUCAGGAGUUUUCAGGACAGAAAUUAACUCUCUAUUUGUAUGUGUUAAACAGGUGAUGUAUUCCAUACUUACUGUAACUGGUUCUGAAAGUAGAAUUUUGUAAACAUUGUAUUUUUAAGUCAAAUAAAUAAAAUUUCAGUACAAAGGUAAAGCGAUAUGUCUGAAAAACAGAUUUUAAGAAAGUCCGACAGCAAAUGUUAUGAAUAAAAAAAAUACUUCUGGAAACAGAGGAUCAAAAUAGAUAUCAAAGCACUUGACAAAAAAGCAAUUAUCCGGUGCAAAUAAAGACGAGAGAUAAG